ACAGUAUGUUACUGGGUUUUAUUUCAAUCUGAAAGUUUUCCAUUUUUUACCGGAAAAUCUUGAAAAUUUAGUUGAUUUUUUUCGUGGGAUUAUUGUUUUGUUAAUUAAAUUACAGCAAAAUUAAAUUAAUCUGAAAUUUACAUCAAUUAAUUUCAAUUAUUUUCAUUUAUUUAAGAUUUUUUCUAAAAUCACUAAAAAAAAAAUUUCAUUUUUACUUUUUACAUACAAUUAAAAUUUCUGAAUUUAAUUAAGCUUAUAUAAAUUAAUUAUCUUGUUUAAAAAAAAUAUAAAAAAGCAAUGUACUAAUUGAUAAUAAUAUUGAUAAACUAUAAAAAUAUAUUAACGAUAAUUCUAAAAGAAAAAAUGUAACUUGAUUUUUUGUCGUCAAAAAAAAGUUGAAAUUUCUCAUAAAAAAAAAUGUAAUUAAAAAUCAACGACUAUCAUAAUCAAUUAUAUUACAAAAGAAUAUUAAUUUCCAUUGUUUUUUCUAAAUAAUAAAUCAAGUUUUUUAGAACAACCUUAUAAAUUUCACAUAAUUAUUUAAAUUAAAAAUAAAAAACAAUAUUCUAGGGUAUUUUUGUUUUAGAACAACCAACCCAGCAAGUGGUAAUUCUGAGUUUGAUUUCUCCUUCAAGGGUAAUCAAAAAAAAAAAAGAAAUUACGUCAAUAAGUUAUGUGUCCAGUAUGUCUACAAACGUUCUUCAAUAUCUUUAGUCAACGAGGUGUGGCGAUUGUUGAUUUAAAAAAAUUCUUCAGCUUAAAUAUUAACAAGUGACAAAUAAUAAAAAUAUAUUUAAACAUCAAAUGUAAAAUGAAAGAAUAUUGUUAGCAUGUUGGAAAAGCGACGAUAUCUCCAUGGCUACGUUGCACAGCCAUACACAGCAACACUUGUUAUAACAACAUUAUUACUAUGUUGUUUUACAUUUUGGAUGUUUAUUGAAACACCAAGAGUACAAUUAAUAGUACCAGAUGAAAAACUACAACCAUCUUAUAUUCUUCUUGUUCCUGAUAAUGUAUCAUCAUCAACACUACAACAACAACAACAACAGCAACAAGAAGCAUAUUCUCUAAAUAAUUUAUCAAUUGACGAUGAAACAAGGCUAAUUGAUUUGAAUGAUUUUAAAUUUAUAAUUAAUCAUGACUUAUGCAAUAAAACAGAACCAUUAUUAUUAAUAAUGAUUCAUACAGCACCAAAAAAUUAUGAUAAAAGAUUAACAAUACGUGAAACAUGGGGAAAAAAAACAAGUGAUAUUGUUAUAUUAUUUUUAAUUGGUGCAACAGAUGAAUAUCAUGAUAGUAUAAUUGAGGAAAAUAAAAAAUAUAAUGAUAUUAUUCAGGGAAAUUUUAUUGAUGCCUAUAAAAAUAUGACUUAUAAACAUGUGAUGACACUUAAAUGGGCAACAUAUUAUUGUUCAAAUACAAAGUAUAUAUUAAAAAUAGAUGAUGAUGUAUUUAUUAAUAUUCGAGAACUGAUUGAUUUUAUAAAACAUAAUUUAUCACCAUGGGGUGCAAGACGUAUGAUACUUUGUGAUCCAUUACCACCAUCAGCAGUUAAACGUACAUAUCGUUCAAAAUGGCGUGUAUCACCACAAGAAUAUCCAGAUAGAAAUUAUCCAGGUUAUUGUGCUGGUUAUGCAAUAUUAUAUUCACCAGAUAGUGUCUUUUUAUUAUAUCGUGAAGCACAAAAAUUACCAUAUUUUUGGAUUGAUGAUGUUCAUAUUACUGGUACUGUUGCUAUUAAUGUCAAUUUAACACAUGAUUCCCUCCAUUCUUAUAUUCUUAGACAUGAUGAUAUGAUUAAAUUAAUUCAUAAUUCAAAUUAUCAACAUAAAAGCUUUAUAUUUGGACCACCUGAUAUGACUGAAGAUAAUAUCAAAGCAUUGCACCGCAUAAGCUCAAAUAACACCACGUAAAUUUAAUAGGAUAGUUGUAAUAUUAUUUUUUAAUGACCGCUACUUAAUUAGUUAGGUAAUGUUUAAUUUAGAUAACAUGUACAUCACGUUUGCUUAUUUUUUUUUUUUGUAUCUUUUUUUUUAUUGCGCAAUUGACUGUGGUAAAAUUAUUAAUCAGUGUUUCUUUAUAAGUUGUUGCUCAUUAUUUUAUGCAUUUUAAUUGUAAUUAAUUAUUAUUAAUUAAUAUGUGAUAAUACAAGUAUAAUUUCAUAACACCUGAUUACUUUUAUUUAUUUUUUUCUUUUUUUUUUGGUUUAUUGAUUUUCAUUGAAUUGUAAUUUACAUCACAGCAAUUAAUUUGCCAAAAUUGGUAUUAUUAUUUGGUAUUAAAAUUAUUUUUUCUUUUUUUUAUUAUAAUAGAUAAUGAAAAGAAAAUGAUAUGUUAAAUCAGUAUUUAAUUUUGCCAAAUUAAAAAAUUAAUAAAAAUUGUAAAGAAAAAAAAAAUAAAUAAAAUGUAAAUAUUAAAUUGAGGUGAGACAAAAAAGUAAUGGGAAAGAAAAUUAUUGAAGAGUAUAAUUAAAAUUAGUUGUUGAAUUUUGUCAAAUGUGUCGUUGUUUUUUUGGUGAGGUUUAAAAAAUUUAUUGUUGAUAUUUCAACUGGCCAAAUAA